AUGAAAAAUUCUUUUAGUGUCGCCAGCAUAAAUUCUAGAAACAGAUUAAAACGAAUAGAAGGGAGAGAGUACCCUCUAAGCACGAGAACCCCACUAUCUACGUUUUUGGGCUCUCCAAAACAUAAGCCUGAUACUGAUAUAUUUAGAGAACACAUCAUGAGCACAAGCCAUAUGAAAAGCAGUUCAAAAGUGAUAGAACUUGACCAAGAAAGUCCAAAAGAAAACGAAAUAACCCCGAGCUCGACCUUUCCCACUGUUUUGUCUUCUAAAUCAUCUAAAAUUCACCCACAAUUGAAGCUGGCUAAACUGAUGAACCAGUCAUCACGUUUGUCAACUCAUUACGAUACAAGCACAAAUACUUAUCUUAAAACAGAAAUUCCGACAAGCCAGUCUUUCAAAGGAAAACCUCUAGUAAGACUUACAACAACUCAUCAUAAUGAAACUUUUCAAAACGACUCUUCUCAUAAUCCUUCCCAGUCAGUUCACAAUUUUGGAGAAAUUCAAAGCAUCCAUCAAACUCAUGAGCCAAAUUUAAUGGAGACCUACAAGUUCCUCGAAUCACUUGACCAUAGAAGAAGCACUUCAGAGGUGCUCCUUUCUGCUGGAUUGCUUUACAAAAAUAAGCAAACUAAUUCAUCUCACAAAAAAGCUGAACUAAUGAGGCAGAAAACAUUGUGCUCCUCUCCCAAUUACACUCAGAUAUAUUCUCCAAUCCCAGACACAUACUGCUUAAGUCUGCAGUGCGUAGAAUUCCUCGUUAAAGAGCUAGAAAAGCCUGGAAAUGAAAGAGAUAUUGAAACCAUGUACGCUUUAACUAAGCAUUUAAAAUUUUUUAUUCAAUAUAAAGCGGAUAUUGUAAAACAAAUGUUGAGAGUUGGGAAAUAUGAAUUUUAUAAUAAAGGACAGAUGAUUUUUCGAGAAGGAGAUGUAGGAAGAUGCUUAUAUGUAGUACUCAGAGGAUCGAUUGCAGUUCAGCAGGAGCCAAAUAGAAAUGGGGAGCUGCCUUUUAUUGUUAAUUCCAGAUAUGAUGGAGAGGUGAUAGGAGAGUACGCAAUUGUGCGAGGCAAUAUAAAUACUGCUAAUGAUAAAAGAACUGCAUCAUGUCUUGCAGGGGAAACAUGCCAUUUAAUUAAAAUCACUGCAGAUGAUUACAUGCAAGCAGUGCGAGCUAACAUUGAUAUUGAAAGCAAAAUUUUAAACUUCUUAUGCUCCUUAGGCCCAUUCGAGCACAUCCCGCCUAUUGACUUAGCACUGCUAGCUAAUACUUUAAAUAAAGAGUCAUAUGGGUUAGACCAAGUAGUUCUUCCAGCUAAUACUGUACCAAGAGGGAUGUUUAUAGUAUAUCAAGGACGUGUAAAAAUUACGUAUCCUGCCAAGAUUGCUCAGUACAGCCAGUCAAGAAAUAAAAUUUGGUAUAAAAUGAGCAUGAAAGAGUUUCAGCUUCCAAGAGGAAGCUUUUUUGGACAAAGAGUACUUGCAGGAGAUAGGACUCCUGCAAGAUAUUCUGUUGUGUCAGCUUCUGCACAAACUUCGAUAUUAGCGAUUACGCCUCAUGAGUUCAGCUUAUUAUUUACAUUUAAAGAUGAAACUGUCAAGUACCUUAUGAGCUCGCCGCAGUUUGAUUUGAAUGUUCCUUAUAGUUUUAGUUAA